UAGCUGCUGACCUACCCGAAGUCUCAAAGGAAGGACCGAGGCUUGGCCAGAGAGGAAGGAGGAGGGAAGUCAAGGAAACACUGGCCCAUUCCAUCACGAUGACCAGAAAAGGAGAACUGAGGAAACCGACCCCAAUCAAGAACUUCAGGGCAGUUCACCGUGAAACCGAGACCCAAUUGGUCAGGAUUUGUGAAAAUAAUGAUGGGAAAGAGGAACUGCUGCUUGAAAAAACGGAAGAUACUCAUGACCUAAAGAGUGAACUGAAAGAAGUGCGGGAAGAGCUCAAGGAAAAAUUGGUGGAAAUUAAACAGGUGAAGCAGAAUCUGGAUAAGGAAUUUUGCAAACUCCAACAGUUCAUGGACAUUUUGAAGGAAAUGCAGAAGAAUAUGGAUGAGAAGAUGGAGACCUUACUGAAUAUGCAGAAAACUGCUAAUCUGACCCAAGCAGAGCAAGCCAUCAACAAAGAGGUCUCCCUUGACAAGGUCGUACCUGAGACCAACUAUGAGAAUCGUCUAAUGUGCGCCCACAGAAACCUAUGCAGACACUGGAAGCCCACCCAGCUGGGGACUGGCUUGCUCAUUGUGAUGGCGACUUGGGGCUGCCUGCUGCUCUACCUCUAUUUCAACCCCAACGCGAUUAAGGAUGCUCUUCCGACAAUCUGCAGCCGCCGCACCUACCAGCAGCUGCGGUUCAUCCUCUCCCCACUUCUCGAGCUGCACACAGAGGGCUUGUUACCCUCCUAACUUUCACUGUGUUCCUUCCGGGUAGUAAAACCUUCAUUGGAGGCACCAAA